AUGCCUGCCCCAAUUGAGAUAACCGAUCCUCUUGCCAUGUCGCGCGAUCUUUACGACGAUGAGAAGCUCGUCGUUGACGACUUCGAGCGUCACGCAGGCCACUGCACUCUAUGUGCCAGCCCUACUCAGACUCAUAAGAACAACCGUUCCCUCUGUGCUAGAGGGACAAGCUAUGCUCGCGCCGUUGCCAACUACCUCGACAGCCGUAACGGCAAGUACUUCUCUGCGGUAGACUACGAGAGCGGCCGAUCCACCCGCAUCAAGCUCCCUCGUGACGCUUUCGCUGUCCGCGACCUCCUCACUGCCCUAGAGCAGGGCCUGCGUAUUCGCGAUAAGCCCGUCAUCGUCCAGCCUGUCCAGCCUGUCCAGCCUGUCCAGCCCACCGUCAGCUACGACCGUACCUACCCCAUUCCCGCAAGAGGAGCCAGCAAUCUUCGCCCUCGCUCCAUGUCCCCAGACGCAUACCAGAUUAUCGAACGAGCUCCCCGUCUCUCUCGCUCCCCCACCUCCAUUAUGUACCGCUCCCCCGGUGGCUCUCCCAGCCGUCCAACUUCCAGCCGUGGCUCGCUUUACGACUCCGACUUCCAGGAACGCGGGGAGCGUCGCACAGAGACACCUCGCCGCUAUGUCCAGGGUACCCGAUACCACCGUUGA